AUGACGAAGAGAAACAUAGUAGAUCUUCCCGAGGAUUUGGUAAUGGAGAUACUCGCGAGGGUUCCGACCGUAACUUUGGUCCGAUUACAAUCUACAUCCAAAAGAUGGAACGUUCUGAUCGAAGAUAAGAGAUUUGCUGAGCAGCACUUUACUAAUGCACCAAGGCACUCUCUGCUUAUCAUGUUGAUGACCUUUAGGGUUUAUCUCGUGAGCGUCGAUCUUCAUACAAUUCACAACAACAAGGUAAACAUAAUAAGUCAACUUCGCCUGAAAGAUCCUCUUUCAAAUUUUUUAGAAGAAGUUGAUAUAUGCAACGUCUUUCAUUGCGACGGCUUCUUGCUAUGCACCACCGUAGACAAUAGACUCGUUGUUUCGAAUCCCUGUUCUCGUGAUACUAAGUGGAUCCAACCAAGAAAUUUCUACAAGAAAUUCGAUAUAUUUGCUCUCGGUAAAUCAUCAUGCAACAAGUACAAAAUCAUGAGGAUGGAUCAAUUUUAUCCUGAUAGGCCAGAAUUUAUGAACUACGAAAUCUAUGACUUUAACUCUAAUUCGUGGAGAGUUGUUGGUAAGAUUACAGACUGGUUCAUACCAAGGUGUAUGGACCGUGGCAUGUCUGUGAAUGGAAACACUUACUGGCUUGCUUCUACUAAUAAAGACUUGACCAGUAGUAGUUUUUUACUUGGUUUUGAUUUUUCAACGGAGAGAUUUGUAAGGGUGUCUCUUCCGGGUGAUCAUCUCUCUGAUCCUGUUUUUGCUUUAGCAGUUACUAGAGAAGAUCCAAAAAUAUGUGUUGCUAUCAUUCAGGAACUCCAUAUAGAUGUAUGGAUUGCAACUACGAUUGAGAGUACGGGAGCUGCGUCAUGGAGCAAGUUCCUAUCAGUUGAAUUAGCAAAUCUCUACGAGCGUAUUUGCUUGGAUAGUUGGAUGAAUUUCUUGGUCGACCAGAAGAACAAAGUUUUGGUGUAUCGUGAUGGUAACUAUUGGAUCUCCAAUGUUUUCUUGCACGUUGUGGGAGAGGAUAAAUGUAUACAAGUGGAUCAUCAUGAUUCAGUGUCUAGAUGCUCACUUGUCGUCAAUUAUGUUCCAACUUUGGUUCAUAUCUAA